AUGACUGACUUUAACGAGCUGAAGGCUAGAUGCAGGGAGCAAAUUGCAAAGAUUGGCAGAAUUAUUGCGAUGGUCGCUCUAUCUGGCGACCAUGAUGAGGAGAUUGAAGACGAGUUGAACGGUGAACUGGCUUCCCUCGUGGAUAGACGUAUUCGACUUUUCGGAAUCAAGAGUAGAUUGAACGAAAUCGAAGGUGGGUCAUUGGAAUGCAAACACCACAAACAGGCUCUCUUGGCAUUUCGAAACAAACCGGACGAACUGAAAAUGUUCUUAGAGCGACCUGACAGAUGGGCGGAGAAACAAUUGGGGUACCUUGAAAGUGACUUAAAGGCUCAAGAACAUCGCGUUCCUUAA